GCGGCAGCGUCUCGGGAUCGACCAUGCAGGAUGACAAGUCGGCAAGGAAGCGGACCGAAGACAAGAGCAAUAGCAUCUGUAUUUUAGAAUGAAAGGCGACUGGAGACAAAAAAGAUGUGGCUAAAGGCGCUUGUUCUACUGACUUUGAUCGGAUAUUUGGCGGCCCAAUGCAAUGUGUGUCAAAGUGCCAGCAAUGUCGCUUGUCAUAGUGAAACCACCUUUUCCAUCUGCUAUGACGGAGUGCCAUCGUUUGAUCUGUUGCUAUGUCCAAAGGACUUUUAUUGCACAGAUGGCUUUUACACUUGCUAUGAAAAUGCUGAUCCAGUUUGCCAAACAGAAAAUGACAGUACCACCACCGAGAUCCAGACAACGACAACCACUGCUAUCCCAACUACCACGACCACCACUGAGAUCCCAACUACCACAACAACAAUGGAGAUCCCAACUACCACAAUGACCACUGAGAUCCCAACGACCACUCCCACUACCACGACAACCACUGAGAUCCCAACUACCACAACAACUACUGAGAUCCCAACUACCACUCCCACUACCACGACAACCACUGAGAUCCCAACUACCACAACGACCACUGAGAUCCCAACGACCACUCCAACUACCACGACAACCACUGAGAUCGCAACUACCACAACAACAACUGAGAUCCCCACUACCACAACAACCACGGAGACCCCAACUACCACAACAACAACUGAGAUCCCCACUACCACGACAACCACUGAGAUCCCAACGACCACUACCACGACAACCACUGAGAUCCCCACUACCACAACAACCACGGAGACCCCAACUACCACACCCACUACCACGACAACCACUGAGAUCCCCACUACCACAACAACUACUGAGAUCCCCACUACCACAACAACCACGGAGACCCCAACUACCACAACAACAACUGAGAUCCCCACUACCACGACAACCACUGAGAUCCCAACGACCACUACCACGACAACCACUGAGAUCCCCACUACCACAACAACUACUGAGAUCCCCACUACCACAACAACCACGGAGACCCCAACUACCACAACAACUACUGAGAUCCCCACUACCACAACAACCACGGAGACCCCAACUACUACUUCGACUGAAGCUCCGUGGGAUGCCGAUGAUAUCUGUCAGCAAUACUCUAAGAACACCUUUUUCGAAAACGUCGAUGAUCCCACCUGCACCACUUUUAUAACCUGUACAGUUGAUGCCGACGGAACUCAUUCCACAAAAGUCACUUCAUGCAAGGCUAAUCAGUAUUUCAGUACGAGCUUGAAGGUUUGUACCGCCACAAGGCCGGAUGGAUGCGUGGAGGAGACAACCACUGUGGACACCACUACCCCAACCACCACCACCGUGAGCACCACUACUCCAACCACCACCACCGUGACCACAACAACGGCUAGUACCACCACAGCGGAACCCUGGAGCGCUGAGGCCACCUGCUUGACUGUCACUAAGACUACUUUGUUUCAAAACCAAGACGAUCCGACAUGCACUACGUAUCUAUAUUGUUAUGUUUUCAAUGGAUCGGCGACAGCUUUGAUAAAGAACUGUAAGACCAACCAAUACUAUGAUGUUUCCUUGAAAGCCUGCACCGAUACCAAGCCGGACUACUGCACUUAAUUUUUAUGUUCGAACAGCAUUUAUCGUUUAUUAUCAGAUUUAUUGAUUACCAAUAAAAGAUUAGUUUUCUUGGAAUAA